AUGGUUGAAGACACUACUUCACCUGCAGAUCACUCGGAGAAGAAGGCGAAAAAACCUGUAGAGACCGCUAUCGAAUCUGUUACCGGAGAUCAGUCUGAAGGUACUAGCUCACCAAUCAAGAAGAAGAAGAAAAACUCGAAGGCAGCUGAUAACUCUGAAUCUAUGGCUGCUUCGCAGGAAGAACCUGCUGGGCAAUCAAAGAAGAAGAAGGAAAAGUUUGCUGUGGGCCCGAGUUCUUCUUCCGAUUCAUUCGACAAGCAUGAAGUUACUGAAGAAGUUGCCGGUGAUGGUAUCGAUGCAAGCUCACCAACCAAAAAGAAGAAGAAGAAGAGGGAAAACGGUGACACUACGUUGGAUUGUACUGCGAUAAGCGAAAUUGAGAAUGAGGGUAGUCCAAGGAAAAAGAAGAAAAGGCAACAUACUGAGGAUCUGGGAGCAACAGCGAAACAGCCUGAAGGCGAAUACGUGGUUGGUUCUCUGUCAAGCAUUUUCGGUGGGAGCUCAGAAGUUCCAGUCGAUUCAGGAGAUGCGGUUCCCGUUGUCAAAGGUGAGGCUUGUAUAUCAGCCUAA